UUGAGCUUCGACGUCGGAGCCGAAUAUGACUUUGUAAGGAAGCAAACCAUUAGUCGAAGCCUGUAUUUGCCCCGCUUGUAGAGUAUCCAGCCAGAUAUACUUUUGUCUUGAGCGAGUUUAUCGCGGGACUAGAUUACCUCCGUCACCUCUAGUAAUACAGCUUCCCUGGUCGCUCACACCAGCGUAUUGCGGCCUACCUUAUAGAUAUGCGUUAUGAUGAUUUUUACUAGCGCAAGGUGUUAACUUCACUCUGCCUCCUGAUAUCCUUAUCACCGGGACAGAACUAAAACUCCAGUCUCUUCUUUCGCUUCCAGGAGAAGAAAAAUGAUGUCCUGCCAGCACUCGUGCAAAUUUUUCUCCCUCACAGUAGUUUUGUGCUUCACCUUGUCAUGUGCAUUUCCCCGUGGUACGGCUAACUGGUCCCCGGCAGGAGCAGAGGCGCAACGUCAACCAUUCCCUCUUAUAAACUCACUGUUUAGUUCAUUAUUACGUGCACGGAUUCGACGUUUGGACCAACUCAGAGUUUCUGGGGCUUCGUCACUGUUUAAAAGGAUAGGUAUAGCUGGGCUUGACAACAUGGAUGCAAUAACAACCACAUUGGACCGAGCUCGAAAUAGAACAGGUCCACAGCGCAUGUCCAUUCGGCUGUCCAUGGCAGAUCUGCGCCGGCUGAUGGCAGCCGGACGAUAACUCCACUGGCAGAGGCUGGUCUCCUGACUGCCCGCUAUCUCGGAAACCAGCCAAGCACCUGAUCCUCAAUCUAGAUCUGUUAAUGACUUAAUGCAAGAGCCUGUUGAGCCGAUCUUUGAUAGACUCUGUGAUUUGUGGGGCGAUCAUUUCCUCGGAAAGGACUUCUGACCAGUUCAAGUGGCAUAACGGUUGGUUAGAACUAACUAAAGUGCGCCUAAACAACCAGACGCCGACACAAGCGGUGCCUUAAAGCCAAAAGAAAAACAUCCUGAUAUCCGGUAAUCGCUUAACGUGUGUCAUCGGCCUAAAGCAAGAGUUAUUGUUCAACGAUUUUUUACAAAGCAAUUUAAAUGCAGCGAGCUAUUAAGUGGGAGCCAACAGAAGAAAAAGUAACAAGAGGAUUGUAGAAUCCUGUUUUUUGUCCACGUACUACAACAUCCCUUUACAACAUUAUAUCCAAGCCGGAUUAUUCAUAAGCAAAUGGUGAGAAAACUGAUUAUAUCUCAGUUCGGAUAUUUGAAAUGACCAAGGUUGGGGGAGCUUGAAAUGAGGGCAAUUAGUACUGAGACCUGAUCAAAGAGCCAGUUGUUGAUGAAGAGGUUUAGCUGUUGACAAUGUGGUCAUCUACACACCUCAGGCCGCACAGACUUCGCGCUUUGAUGUAGUUACCAGUGAACGCAGGUGGGUUGGCAAUCCACUUAUGUUGUCUGUCGUGAGAACCCAGCAGCCACAAACGGGAUUAACACAGCCGGCCAGAUUGACACCAUCGCCGGUUAAACUCGCCCCACGCGCUGAUACCAUUAGGUUCGGCUUGACCAGCGGUAAUUUACACCAGAUUUAUUUCUUCACCAGUUUCCAGAUGACGAGAUAUUUAUUUCCGUUUCCACGUACAACUCCAUGUACACGGCGCUAGCUGAAGGGUUACAUACAUACCCACUUGACUUUGUUAUUGACAGCCUUUUUGGAUGCUUUGAUAAUUAGGAAUGGGCGACCAUCUAGAUUGCUAAAUCAGAUAGGAGAUGUAUUCAGGGGUUGAAAAUAUAAAAAUGCCGUACAGACGUUUCAAUGCCAGUGUUUUCUAGUUGGACAGAGUUUGUGUAAACUGAUUUCCUUUCGCUUCAACUGCAGAAUUAAGAUUAUCACCUAAUCUAAUAAACCAGAAGAGAAAAAUUCUAUGAAAUGGAAUGGAGAAUGAAAUAAGAUAUUUAUGUUCUUAUAUUAAUUAUUAUAAAGUUCCUUGGGUCACAUUUGCCUAAGGCCAUUUGGUACCAAAAUCGUAGACCUCUGGCUUCAAACAGCCAGGCGUUUGUCUCUUCUAGUAGGGACCCCGUGCAGAGAAUGUCUGAACGAUUCCCUCUAGCCAGAUUUAAACGCUGUCAGGUCACAUGAGAGUACAUCAGUGGGUUUCUCAAAUGGCCUGUUGCCUUAACUGGUUU